AUGCGUCGAAAUGGCAUUCUACGCUAUUUCAGAUGCAGCCACCUGGUACUUUCUAAUUCGGCUUCUCCAGCCAUGGGCUUGCUUAAAAGUCCUUUAAGUCAUACCACCCAGCUGAAUCCUUCAAGCGAUCACUAUGCGACCUGGGGGAGGGCCAUUUUAGCGGAAAACAACAAACGCAUCGGCCCGGAGCACAUGUUUCGCACCGCCAUCCGGGCGCAGCAGCAGCUGCAGGGGCUUUCGGAUAAAUGGACGCCCGACGCGAAGGUCUACUGCUGCGGCUCCCUCGUCACCUAUGGGCAGAUGGAGUGGGGGAGCGAUCUCGAUCUCGCCUGCAUGUUCGACGACCCCUACCCCAUCCACGAGAUCCAGGCGAAGCGCACGGAUAAGCUGUGGACGGUGAUUAAGCGCUACAUGCCGCAUUACCUCCGCCCGCAUAUGCUUGGCCUCACCGAGGCCCGCACCCCCGUCGUCAAACUGCGCUUCGCGAACGACGAGAAGGUGGGUCGUGCGCGCUACAACCCUCUGAGCGUCGAGGAGGAUCGUAAGGCGCGCACGGCGUUGUUGGAUAUCCGCAAUAAAUGCCUGGACGACAGCGAUGUCGAGUACAUCGCGGAUAAACUCGGGCGGGAGAACGUGGAGGGGGUGUGGGUGGAGCGGACGACGUACGGCUGCCGCGCCGCGAUUCAGUGCGCGACGAAGGAGCAGAUGAUUGAGGCAAUCGGGUUCUUCCCGGACGGUCGAAUCAUGACACGAGGGAUGCGGGAGGACUACACGCGCGACGUCCUCGACCCCCGGUUUGUUCCCGAGAUGUUCAUGUACAAGUGGGAUAUCUCCUUUGUGAGCUACGGAGUGAAGAACAGCUACCUUAUUCGGCAUUACCUUCACUCCGGCCCCGACCCCACCCGUCACGCCGCGAUGGCGGCAAAAGCGUGGGGAAAGGCGACGGGGAUCGGUGUUGGAUCGGCCGCGAUGCUUACCUCCUACGCGGUAACCCUUAUGUUUAUUUAUUACAUGCUUGUUACGCGGCAGAUACGGUGGGUGGAUCCGUGGGCGAUCCCGCACCCUGCCCACCUCCCGCGAUACCCGGAUUAUUCCCCGCUGGAGAGCUGUGAUCCGGUGCAACUUGGGCGGCUAUUGCAUGGGUUCUUUAUCUUCUACGCGUACCACUUUGACUACACGAACGAGGUGGUGAGUCUGAAUCGGAACCGACGGAGUCAACGGUCUGAUAUGAACUGGAUCUUUCCGCAGCACAAGAAGGGCAGCUUUAACUAUUUCAUGGGGAUCGAGGAUCCAUACGAGGAUGUCGGGGAGGGGGGUCUCAAUUUGGCAAGGCAUCUGCAUCAGGCAAAGUUUCAGUUGGUUCGGCAAGAGUUUCAGCAGGCCGCGCAUAGCAUGGGGAAGUUUUUACCUACCAAUACGCCUGAUAAGACUAUUGUUGGCAUCCCGCGAUCCGAACUGCGAAGGCAACGCAAUUUCGAUUGA